GCAUGCCAACCGGACUGCAAGGGCAGAGCGUCUCUUCGGGUAGCUCCGAAAUCAAAUCUGACGACGAGGGAGAUGAAAACCUCCAGGACACAAAGUCUUCUGAGGACAAGAAACUAGAGGAUGACAAGAAGGAUAUCAAAUCAAUUACUAGGUCAAGAUCUAGCAAUAACGACGACGAAGACCUGACACCGGAGCAGAAGGCCGAGAGGGAAAAGGAGAGGAGAAUGGCCAACAACGCUCGGGAGCGCCUGCGCGUCCGCGACAUCAACGAGGCUUUCAAGGAGUUGGGCCGGAUGGUGCAGCUCCACCUGAAGAGCGACAAGCCCCAGACCAAGCUCCUGAUCUUACACCAGGCCGUGGCUGUCAUCCUCAGCUUAGAGCAGCAAGUCAGAGAAAGAAACCUGAAUCCUAAAGCGGCGUGUCUGAAAAGAAGGGAAGAAGAGAAAGUGUCUUCAGACCCUCCUCCGCUUUCCCUGGCGGGACCCCACCCUGGGAUGGGAGAUGCCUCCAAUCACAUGGGACAGAUGUAA